AUGCUCGGCUCAUACAGUCCAGUCCAACAUCAAGGCUUGGCAACCACCUCAGCGUCCCACAUCGAAGUCACGGGCAUUGUGGAUGGGCUUGCACGCCGCCGCCCUGGUCGAUUCCAGAAGAUUGAGCCAACUCACUGGGAGACCCACAAGUCUGAGAUUCGCCAGCUGUACCUAAGUGGAAAGACAUUGGAUGAGAUCAGAAAGCAUAUGAAAAUGUCUAGGGGCUUCAAAGCAAGCAAAAGGCAGUAUGUUCAUCAGUUGAUAAGGUGGGGAAUACGGAAGUACAACGUGAACGCGUCGUCGGACGAUGAUGAGAAUCUUCAUGUGGACUGA